CUAGUAGCAUUGCGUGAAAGAUAUAAGAGGUCUCCGCGUGGCAGAGGGCGACCCGGUUGGCUGUAGCCCCCUCAUCCGUCCUUGGGAGCUUCUGGGAGAGGCGGAGACGACCCACUGAAACGCCACCAUGACCCACCAGUUUCCAACGCUCUCUCCAGAGCAGAAAAAGGCACUCUCUGACACAGCUCAGCGGAUUGUAGCUACCGGCAAAGCUGCAGAUGAAUCUGUAGGAACAAUGGGUAACAGGCUGCAACGCAUCAAAGUGGAGAAUACGGAAGAAAAUCGCCGUCAGUUCCGUGAUAUUCUCUUCUCUUCCGACCGCUCCAUCAACCAACAGAUUGGGGGGAUUAUUUUCUUCCAUGAGACUCUCUAUCAGAAGGACAACACUGGAAAACUCUUCCCAGCUGUCAUUAAGGACAAGGGCAUAGUGGUUGGAAUCAAGCUGGAUAAAGGUGUGGCUCCAUUGGCAGGAACUAACAAUGAAACCAGCAUUCAAGGUCUGGAUGGGCUCGCUGAGCGCUGUGCCCAGUAUAAGAAAGAUGGAGCAGAUUUUGGCAAGUGGCGUGCCGUGCUGAAAAUUACAGACACAACUCCCUCUACUCUCGCCAUCCAGGAGAACGCUAACAUAUUGGCACGCUAUGCUAGUAUCUGCCAACAGCAUGGCUUAGUUCCUAUUGUGGAACCUGAGAUCCUAACCGAUGGGGACCAUGACCUCCAGCAAUGUCAGUAUGUGACUGAAAAGGUGCUGGCUGCUGUUUAUAAGGCCUUGAAUGACCACCAUGUCUAUUUGGAGGGAACGCUGCUGAAGCCCAACAUGGUGACCGCUGGACAGGCUUGUCCCAAGAAAUACACCCCACAGGACGUGGCCAUGGCAACAGUUACAGCUCUCCUUCGGACAGUCCCCGCAGCUGUUCCAGGAAUCUGCUUCCUUUCUGGGGGCCAAAGUGAAGAGGAGGCAUCCAUUAACCUCAAUGCUAUCAAUCAGUGCCCACUGCCUAAGCCCUGGAAGCUGACCUUCUCCUAUGGACGAGCUCUGCAAGCAUCGGCUCUAGCGGCCUGGUCUGGCAAACCGGAGAAUAAGAAGGCUGCCCAAGAGGCCUUCAUCAAACGGGCAAAGAUUAAUGGCUUAGCUUGCAAAGGCCAGUAUGUCACAUCCGAAAAGAGCAGCGGAGCAGCCACCCAGUCACUCUUUAGUCCCAGUUACACAUACUAGUUCAUAAAGCACUGCAGUCAAGUCACCCUUUGUUACAGUUGGCAGAAGGCUGAAAGAGAAAACAUCAUUUAACCACAUGCAUACAUUCAUAAAGAACUGGACAGGUUUUAAGAAUUUCAUCUGUUGCUCUUUUUACGACCACUGUCUUUUUAUAGUUACCUGCAGCCCCUGUCCUGUUACUGUUAUUAUCAGGGGGGGAAAGGGUGAAUAAAAUGGCCGUGUUGCAGAAAACAACAGUCAGGAAAGAGGAAACAGAGUGCCUUUUUCAGUCUAUAAACUCUGAACAAAUGUUUUAUCACUCUGAAAAGAUUAAACACCUGUGAAACUUUG